CUGCUAUUAUGUGUAUCACACCUCGGUGUCUCUGGUCUAGUGUUUUUUUUUUUUACUAAAACGGUCUGCUCUCCACAGGAUGUGUACGACAAGCUGGACUACCUCAGCUCUCUGGGGAAGACACAGACCGCAGCUGUUCAGAGAGAUGCAGACAUCGGAGUGGCUGAAGCAGAGAGGGAUGCUGGCAUAAGGGAAGCAGAGUGCAAGAAAGAGAUGAUGGAUAUCAAGUUCCAAGCUGACACGAAAAUGGCGGACUCCAAACGAGAGCUGGAGCUGCAGAAAGCUUCAUUCAACCAGGAAGUGAACACCAAGAAAGCCGAAGCUGAGCUGGCCUACGUGCUGCAGGCUGCCAAAGAGCAGCAGAAGAUUCGGCUGGAAGAGAUUGAAAUUGAGGUUGUGCAGAGGAAGAAGCAGAUCACCAUAGAGGAGAGGGAGAUCGACCGCACGGAGAAGGAGCUGAUUGCUACUGUCAAGCGGCCUGCCGAGGCUGAGGCCUACAAGAUACAGCAGCUCGCUGAGGGAGAUAAGAUGAAAAAGGUGUUGACUGCUCAAGCAGAAGCUGAGAAAAUCCGCAAGAUAGGAGAGGCGGAGGCAGGCUCUAUUGAAGCCAUAGGUAAAGCAGAGGCUAUGAGGAUGAGGCUGAAGGCUGAGGCCUACCAGCAGUACGGGGAAGCAGCCAAGGUUGCCCUGGUUCUGGAGGCACUGCCAAAGAUUGCUAGCAAAGUGGCUGCCCCUCUGGCCAGGACCAGUGAGAUAGUCAUUCUGAGUGGGGACAACAGCCGGGUGACUGGAGAAGUGAACCGCCUGCUGGCCGAGCUGCCCGUGUCCAUCAACGCUCUCACAGGAGUGGACCUGACCAAGAUACCUUUACUGAGGAAGAUGACUGACGCCCAGGCCUGAGAACAAUCUCCUACCUUCUGCUCUGAUAUGUCGUUUGCAUUCACUUCGACUGCCUUCAGAACACUUGAAAACCUAUCGUUUCUCUAUACAAGUGGAUUUGUGAACCUCUGGUGCCUUCAUUUUUACAGGACCAGAAUAUCUGCAUGUACUGCUGCUCCUCUUAAACAUUUACAUCUAACUGUUAUGUUAAGCUUUUUGAAUCCAUCGACGUAAUUGGUGGGAAAGGCGAUAGGAGAGGAACACUUUUAAUUCCUCUUUCAUUCAUCAAUAUGGUUCUAUCUGUAUGGUUCUAUCUGUGUAGAAUGUCUUGUAGGGAGUAACGGUAUGGAUA